AUCAGACAGACAGACUCUCAAAGGGACAAGCAGACUCUGAGACAGACAGGCAGACUAUCAGACAGACAGGCAGACUCUCAGACAGACAGGCAGACUCUCAGACAGACAGACUAUCAGACAGACAGGCAGACACACACAGACGGACCAGCAGGCCGACAGGACCAGCCCAGCAGACAGCAAGGAGCGAGCCGCCGUCUCGCCAUGGCUCGCAGAGCGACUUCCCUCGCCUCCUCAUCGCUGCUCCUCGUCUCCCUCCUCGUCCUCCUCCUCGUCCACAUCGUCGCGUCCUUACCGCAGGCGCAGACGACGACGACGAGGAAGAGGAGGUGCGACGUCCCCAUUGUGGAGCGCACGAAGACUGCUUGCCGGCCGUGCUCUCCGGCCGAACGCGUGCGCUGCCCACGUGGAUACCGUCCAGAAGGGCGCAGGGAGCGGUCACGAGAUUGCAGCUACCAAAUCAAGCCGUUCCGCACGCCACUGCCCGGCUGUCGCCAGACGUGCAGGAAGACGCUGAUGGAGCAGAACUGCUGCCCUGGCUUCUGGGGACCCGACUGUCUGGAGUGCCCAGGCGGAGCGGGGACGCCGUGCUCACGACACGGCCAAUGCUUCGACGGAAUACAGAACAACGGCACCUGUGAGUGUCAGCACGGAUUCACCGGCACGGCCUGCGAGGACUGCGAGGAUCCCCACGCCUUCUCACCAAACUGCAAUCAGACGUGCGUCUGUGUCUACGGGGACUGCGACCGUGGGGUGAACGGGACGGGCGCCUGCUCCUGCGCCUCCGGCUACGACGGGCAGGCCUGUGACCAACCGAUUCCCGAGUGCCGCGUUCUGGGAUGCCACAAGCUGGCCCGGUGCGUGCGGGCGCCGAGCGGGAAACUCGAGUGCAGCUGCCAGCAGGGAUACCGGGGAAACGGCACCACGUGCCAGAUCGUGAACCCCUGCAUGGAGGGGGCCCCGCCGUGCGACCCCUACGCUCGCUGCAGUUUCACCGGUCCCGGCCGCCACACAUGCCACUGCCUGCCGGGGUUCCGGGGCGACGGCCGCGUCUGCGUUCCCGUGGACCCCUGUGCCAGCGGCUACGGCGGCUGCGCCGACAACUCCACCGUGUGCGUCUACGACGGGCCCCGGAAAGUCUCACUGCGAGUGCCGGGACGGCUUCGAGGGGUCUCGUGGGGCGAGCGUGUGCACCCUGGUGGACAUGUGCGCCUCCGGCCUGGCGUGCCACACGCACGCCACCUGCAUCACCGUGGGGCCGCGCCUAGCCGAGACGCGUUACCCUCGAACGCGCUGCGACCCAUGACCUCGCGUCCCAUGGCGACCCCGCGACCCCGCGCCAGGUGCUCGUGCAAGGAGGGCUACGUGGGUGACGGCACGGUGUGCCACGGGCCCAUCAUGGAGCGCGUGAAGGAGAUGAACGGCCUCGUGGGGUGGCGCUGGCAGGGCAGGCUCACGUCCUCGCUCACGCUCUUCGGUUCGGUGUUCUCGUGGACGCUGAACUCCCUGGGCCCCUUCACGCUCUUCCUCCCCGUCGACUCGGCCUUCAAGAACAUGAACGUGAGACGCACGGAGACACACGUGAGCGGGUUGCUGGCCGACGCGCCGCGUGCGCUCCGUCUGUGCGGGGCCCACGUGGUGCCGGGCCGCUUGGCGCUGCAGGAACUCUCCUCGCUCCCCGCUCUCUUCUCCCUCACCGGCUCCCGCAUCAGCCUCAUCCCCAACACCAAGGACCCCUUCUCCCCGCGCCUCCUGGCGCAGGGCUCGACGCGCAAGGUGCGGAUCGUCCAGGGCAACCUCACGGCCGCCAACGGCAUCGUGCACCUGGUCGACUGGCUGCUGGGCGCGCCGGGCCCCAGCGUGCCCAGCAAUCGCCAGGCUCUCCUGUCCGAGAUCAUCGCCACCAACGCCAUGUUCAGCCACUUCCGAUCCCUGCUUGAGGUUAGUGGCGUCGUGAUGUGGAUGUGGAUGAUGACAGUGAUGAUGAUGAUGACAGUGAUGAUGAUGAUAGUGAUGAUGAUGAUAGUGAUGAUGAUGAUGACAGUGAUGAUGAUAGUGAUGAUGAUGACGACAAUGAACUCGGAGCAGCCCGGCCUACUGGAUGCACAGGGCCCGUUCACAGCGUUCAUCCCCACCAACACGGCCAUCGACCGCAUGCGUGACGGCAGGCUCUCCUACCUCUUCACCUCCCGAGGUGAGCCGCUCGCCCACCUCGGUCGCCACAAGCUCAAAGAGUUGGUUCGACAUCACAUUGUGCAGGGCUCCGAGAUGGAGGUCGGAGGUCUGGUGUCCACCCCUCGCAUUCGAACCCUCGCGAACCAGUUCGUGGCCAUCAACGUGAGCAGCCAGGGGCGGAUCCUGCUGGGCGAUGACGCCGCCCCGCUGAUGGAGGCCGACGUGCUGGCGAAGAACGGGCGGCUUCACGUGCUGGACGGCGUGCUGGUGCCGCCCUCCAUCCUGCCCAUCCUGCCGCACCGCUGCGACCAGACGACGCACCACGUCAAACACGGCCUCUGUGUCAGCUGUUCGUCAGUGCAAAUGCAGACCUGUCCCAAAGGCAGCGUCCCUUUGGACAACUUCCUGCGAGGCUGCAUUUACAUGAAGGACAUCAUGGGGAUGUUAAUGUCCCAGCAGGGCUGUGCGCGAUACUGCAACUACACCGUCACGAAGCCCAUGUGCUGCAAGGGAUUCUUUGGGCCGGACUGCAAGCCGUGCCCGGGAGGCUUCUCGACACCCUGCUACAACCACGGGAAGUGCAUGGAUGGGCUGCAGGGGGACGGGACGUGCGUGUGCGAUGAGCGAUUCGAGGGCUCCGCGUGCCACGUGUGCAAGCGGCCCGACCGCCACGGCCCCAACUGCGACACGGGGUGCCAGUGCCUGCACGGGGAGUGCGACAACCGGCCGGGCAGCGGCGGCAUGUGCCGCUCGGGCUCGUGCCAGCGCGGCUACACGGGCGCGCUGUGCGACCAGCAGACGGCGCGCUGUGGCGCCACGCCACCAAGGCACUGCCACGCGCACGCAGAGUGCAUGGCGCGUGACGAUGGCGUCCACGGUUGCGUGUGCCAGGAAGGCUUCAAGGGGGACGGGUUGUCCUGCGUGCCACAGGACCCCUGCGCUGGCCCCGACAGAGGGGGUUGCCACCCCAACGCGGUGUGUCGGCGCGACGCCCCGGCGGGGAGGCAGUGCGUGUGUGCCGCCGGUUGGAGUGGUGACGGGGUGCAGUGCAUGCCCAGGGACCUCUGCACCGAGCCGGGACGCAACGGCUGCAGCGGCAACGCCAGCUGCUCCUCGCUGGGACCCGGCCAGGCCCAGUGCACGUGUCUCCCCGGUUUCCGUGGCGAUGGGACGCAGUGCGAGGAGAUGGAUCCCUGUGGACAGAAUAACGGCGGGUGCCACGUGCAGGCCUCGUGCGAGCACGUGGGCCCUGGGCUCCGCGUGUGCUCAUGCCGCACGGGAUACACGGGGGACGGCACCACCUGCCUGGGGGACCUGGUCACGACGCUGGCGUCUGCCUUCGUGUUUGCUCCGUUCAAUGCCUGGGUUGAGAGGGCCUCGCUCAGGGAGGCGCUGGCCUCCGGGAACUUCACCGUGCUGGUGCCCGCCGCGAGCGUCAUCGCCAACACGACGUGGAGCGGCGAGCGCGAGGCGGCCAGCGCUGUCAAGAUGCACGUGCUGCCCGGAAGGUUCUCCCUGCAGGAGUUGGAGUCGCGGGGCAGCACCCGCCUGCCCACGCUGCAGCCCGGCACCACGCUCCUCCUCGGCCGCUCACGCACGAAUUUGACCAUCGGGGAUGCGAUGGUGGUGGCCUCCGAUGUGAUGGCAUCCAACGGCAUCGUCCACGUCAUCGACCGGAUGGUGCUGCCGUCACGCAACAUUCAGAAUCUCCCCGAUCUCCACACGCGGCUCGGACAGAUGCCUCAAUACAGCACAUUCCAGGAGCUCCUCACGGAGUACGAGCUGAUCGGGCGGGUCGAGCGGUCCGAGGCCUACACGGUGUUCGCUCCCAGCCAGGAGGCCAUGGACCAAUUCCGCAAAGAGCGACCCACGCACCCGAAUGACGAGCAGGUGAUGUACCACGUGAUCCUGGGAGAGAAGCUGAUGGCGCGGGACCUGCGGGCCGGCAUGCACCGCCCCACCAUGCUGGGCGCCUCCUACCAGCUGGGAUUCUUCUCCCACGACGGACAGCUGCUGGUGAACAACGUGGCGGUGGACAACGCGGACGUGGAGACGGACCGCGGCGUGGUGCACGGAGUGGCACGCGUGCUGUCCGUGCUGCACAACCGCUGUGACACCAACGAGACCACACUCACGCUGAGCAAAUGCUCGAGCUGCCAAUUCAAGCCCGACUGCCCUCUUGGCACGGUGCCUGUGGAGGGUCCGGGUCCACGCCGCAAGUCUAACUGCAUCUACCUCCGCUACUUCCUGGGCCGCCGCCAGAUGUUCCUGGGCUGCCGCUCCAACUGUGCACGCACCGUCAUCACGGCCGACUGCUGCGAGGGCUUCUUCGGGCCUCCGUGUGCCGCCUGCCCGGGGCAGGUGGAGGCGGGGGCCGACGGCGUGGGGGGGGGGGCGUGCGGGGGCCACGGGGUGUGCAGCGACGGGCUCAACGGCACGGGCACGUGCGCGUGCCAGGAGGGCUACACGGGGCGCGCGUGCCAGCAAUGCGAGCCGGGGAAGUUCGGCCACAGCUGCCUGCAAGACUGCGUGUGCGUCAACGGGCGCUGCCGGGACGGCGAGCAGGGCGACGGGAGCUGCAGCUGCGCCGUGGGCUGGCGUGGAAUCCGCUGCGACGAGCGAAUAAAAGAUGACCUUUGCAACAAGACGUGCCACUCGAGUGCCAACUGUGUAGCUGGCGCUGCUGGGGGUGGUGCCCCGUCGUGCGUUUGUGCCGCGGGGUUCACGGGGAACGGCAGUGACUGCACGGCGGUGGACGCGUGCCAGAGAGACAACGGGGGCUGCUCGGUGUUCGCUUCGUGCACACGCACCCAGCCCGGCCUUCGCACCUGCACCUGCAUGCAGGGAUUCACUGGGGAUGGAGUCAUCUGUGAAGAAAUUGACCCGUGCCUGGAAAACAAUGGCGGGUGCCACGCCAACGCAGAGUGCACGCGCAUUGGGCCCAACAAGGCCGUGUGCAACUGCCUGCGCGGUUUCCAGGGAGAUGGGAAAUCAUCGUGCGAGUCCAUCAACCCGUGCCGCGUGGGCAAUGGCGGGUGCAGCCUCUAUGGCAAAUGCAACCACACGGGCCCUGGGACCAGCACGUGCACCUGCAACCCGAGCUACGUGGGCGACGGGUACACUUGCCGGGGCACGGUCUUCCAGGAGCUCUCCAUUCACUCCGACGCCGGGGGAUUCUUCCUCCAGCUGCAGAUGAACAAGAUGGCGGAGCUGGCUGGGCCGGGCCCCUUCACCGUCUUCGUGCCGACAAACGCAGCCUUCAAGAGGGACAGGAAGCUGCUGGAGGAGGUGGUGGCGCGGGGCCAGCUGUCACAGCUGCUGUGGCACCACGUGGUCGCCUGCAACCAACUCCUGAUGGCCGAUCUGCUCGCCCUGCCAGCCCUCGUCACCCUGCACGGGGAGGCCCUGCCCCUCGCUCGCUCGCCACAGGGGGGCGACGCAGCGUCGGUGCUGGUGGGCGGCGUGGCUCACAUCACAGCCAGCGACCACGUGGCGUCCAACGGCGUCUUGCACAUGCUCGACCGGCUGCUGGUGCCCAGGCACAUGCAGGCCUUCGAGCGAAUGACCAGCGGGCUCUCCUCCGUGCUGAAGAAUAUUACUGCUGUGGCAGAAGAUCAUGGAUAUUCAGAGUUUGUCAGUCUGCUCGCGAAGUGUGGGCUGCUGCCGCUGUUGGCCGAGCCGCUGCACCGCCCCUACACCAUGCUGUGGCCCACGGACGCCGCGCUGCGCGCACUGCCGCCCGCACGCCGCGACUUCCUCUACGCGCCGGCCCAGCGCGACCGCCUCGCCGAGCACCUCAAGUUCCACAUGGUCCGCGACGCCAAGGUGCUGGCAUCCGACAUGCCGACGGUGGGGGCGCUCUUGACCAUGCAAGGCUCCGAGGUCUCCUUCUCCUGCUCCACGUCCAACGCCACGGGCGAGCUGUUCGUGAACGAUGGCAGCGCCCGCAUCGUCCAGCGGGCGCUGGAGUUUGACGGGGGGCUGCUGUACGGCCUCGACGCGCUGCUGCAGCCGCCCAGUGUCGGGGGCCGCUGCGACGUCUUCACCACCAUCGACAUCAAGGGAGACUGUGGGAACUGCGCUCGAUUGCCGCCAUGUCCAGGGUCAACAAAGUCAAAGGACGAUCUCGUGCGCUGCUCCUACCGCUCGCUGUUCGGCGCGGUGAGAGACGGCUGCCGUCGAGACUGCGCCCUCUCCGUGUGGCACCAGCAGUGCUGCCCCGGCUUCUACGGCCGAGACUGCCGACCGUGCCCCGGCGGAGCGGCGGGGCCGUGCGGCCGCCGCGGCGUGUGCGAGGACGGCUCGGCGGGGAGCGGCGCGUGCCGCUGCCAGGCCGCCUUCAACGGCACCGCGUGCGAGGAGUGCACGCCCGGGAGAUACGGAGCCUCCUGCAGACCGUGCAUGUGCAGUGCCGCGGGAACGUGUGACGAGGGUGUGGCGGGUACCGGGUCGUGCUUCUGUGCCGAGGGGUGGACGGGCAAGCGAUGCGACACCAAGCUCGCCCGGAAGCCGGUGUGCAUCCCCGCGUGCCACAAGAACGCCAUUUGCCGGGACAACAGCACGUGCAUCUGCAAGCCGGUGUACGAGGGCGACGGAGCCUCCUGCAAGCUGGUGAGCCUGUGCAAGCAGGCCAACGGCGGCUGCCACAAGUGGGCCGGCUGCUACCAGAAGGGCACGAAGGUGGAGUGCCGCUGCCGCACGGGCUACGAGGGCGACGGGCGCGUGUGCCGCUGGCAGGACCGCUGCGCCAACGAAAACAACGGAGGGUGCAGCGAGAACGCGGCGUGCACCAUGACGGGACCGAACAAGCGGCGGUGCACGUGCGGCGCCGGCUUCGUGGGCAACGGGGAGCAGUGCCUGCCCGUGGCGGCACCGCCAAUCGACCGCUGCCUGGUGGACAACGGACGGUGCCACCCCGACGCCACCUGCACCGACCUCCACCACGCGGAGGGCGUGGCCGGAGUGUCCCACGUGCGCUCCGCCAAGGGGCAGUACCUUCUGAACCGCACGCAAGCGGAGGAGGCAUGCGCCGCACAGGGGGCCAGCAUCGCCACCUUCAGCCAGCUGUCUGCCGCACAGCAGGUGGGCCUCCACCUGUGCUCGGUGGGCUGGCUGGCGGGCGGGCGGGCCGGCUACCCCACCAUCUACCCCAGCAAGCGCUGCGGCCUCGGGGUGGUGGGCAUCGUGGACUACGGAGAGCGGCUCAACCAGAGUGAGCUCUGGGACGUCUACUGCUUCCGUGUCAAAGAGGUGCGGUGCGCGUGCACGGACGGCUUUGUGGGCGACGGCUUCUCCUGCAACGGCGACGUCCUGCAGGUGCUGGCCGGCCUGCCCGGCCACACCACCUUCUACACGGCCCUGCUGGCUUUCGCCAACGCGAGCGACAGCGGCCGUGAGCUGAUGGAGGCGCUGGGCGGCGGCGACGACAACAUCACGCUCUUCCUGCCGGCCGACAGCGGAUUCGCGGCUAACGAGACGCUGUCUUGGCGAGACGUGUCCCAGCACGUGGUGGCCCAAGUCCGUGGCCGUGUCCGCUACGCGGCGCUCACCGAGGGCCUCGCACUGCCCUCACGCAGCGGGGGGGCGACGCUGUCCAUCCACACGGCCAACCGCACCGAGCGCAAGAUGGUGAAUGACCGCGCCAUCCUCAAUUGGGACGAGGUGGCGACCAACGGCAUCAUCCACAUCAUCGAAGGCCCCCUCCGGGCCCCCACGCUCCCCGAGGAGGCGAGCGGCACGGGCGCGGUGGCGGGGUUGGUGCUGGCGGGGUUGGUGCUGCUGCUGGCGCUGGGCGGUGUCGCGCUGCGCUACCUUCGCCGCCACCCGGACUCGGCGCGCUUCCAGUACUCCAAGCACGACGACCGGGAGGUGCUCACCUCGUCGAUGGAGGGCGAGGAGGAGGAGGAGGUGGACGCCGCUGCCGCGUCAUCGUCGUCGUCGUCGUCGGCCCCCUCCUCGCGGGGGGGGGCGGGGCGCCCCGCUCCGCCCGCAGGGUCCCGGGCCAAGACGAGGGCCGGCGGCCCAGCCCCUCCCUCCUCCACCUCCUCCUCCACCUCCUCCUCAACGUCCCCCACCUCCACCUCGUCCACCUACCUGCGCUUCCCCAGCCCGGACCACAGCGGGCCGUUUGCGGGCUCGGACGAGCGCCAGCUGGUGGGCAGUGGAGAAGACGAGGGCCUGUGACGGUGCAGGGCUCCGUCACCACUACUGGCACCAGUGACACUAAGAUAUUACUACUGGCACCAGUGACACUAAGAUAUUACUACUGACACCAGUGACACUACCACAUUACUACUGACACCAGUGACACUAAGACAUUACUACUGACACCAGUGACACUAAGACAUUACUACUGACACCAGUGACACUACCACAUUACUACUGGCACCAGUGACACUACCACAUUACUACUGACACCAGUGACACUAAGACAUUACUACUGACACCAGUGACACUAAGACAUUACUACUGGCACCAGUGACACUAAGACAUUACUACUGGCACCAGUGACACUACGAUAUUACUACUGACACCAGUGACACUAAGACAUUACUACUGACACCAGUGACACUAAGACAUUACUACUGGCACCAGUGACACUAAUACAUUACUACUGGCACCAGUGACACUACGACAUUACUACUGGCACCAGUGACACUACCACAUUACUACUGACACCAGUGACACUACCACAUUACUACUGACACCAGUGACACUAAGACAUUACUACUGACACCAGUGACACUAAGACAUUACUACUGGCACCAGUGACACUAAUACAUUACUACUGGCACCAGUGACACUAAGACAUUACUACUGGCACCAGUGACACUAAGACAUUACUACUGACACCAGUGACACUAAGACAUUACUACUGACACCAGUGACACUACGACAUUACUAUUGACACCAGUGACACUAAGACAUUACUACUGGCACCAGUGACACUAAGACAUUACUACUGGCACCAGUGACACUACGAUAUUACUCCUGGCACCAGUGACACUAACACAUUACUACUGACACCAGUGACACUAAGACAUUACUACUGACACCAGUGACACUAAGACAUUACUACUGACACCAGUGACACUACCACAUUGCUACUGGCACCAGUGACACUAAGACAUUACUACUGACACCAGUGACACUAAGACAUUACUACUGACACCAGUGACACUACCACAUUACUACUGACACCAGUGACACUAAGACAUUACUACUGACACCAGUGACACUACCACAUUACUACUGGCACCAGUGACACUAAUACAUUACUACUGACACCAGUGACACUACCACAUUACUACUGACACCAGUGACACUAAGACAUUACUACUGGCACCAGUGACACUAAGACAUUACUACUGGCACCAGUGACACUACCACAUUACUACUGGCACCAGUAACACUAAGACAUUACUACUGGCACCAGUGACACUAAGACAUUACUACUGACACCAGUGACACUACGAUAUUACUACUGACACCAGUGACACUAAGACAUUACUACUGGCACCAGUGACACUAACACAUUACUACUGGCACCAGUGACACUACCACAUUACUACUGACACCAGUGACACUAAGACAUUACUACUGACACCAGUGACACUAACACAUUACUACUGACACCAGUGACACUACCACAUUACUACUGGCACCAGUGACACUAAGACAUUACUACUGGCACCAGUGACACUAAGACAUUACUACUGACACCAGUGACACUAACACAUUACUACUGGCAGCAGUGACACUAAGACAUUACUACUGGCACCAGUGACACUAAGACAUUACUACUGGCACCAGUGACACUAAUACAUUACUACUGGCACCAGUGACACUAAGACAUUACUACUGGCACCAGUGACACUACCACAUUACUACUGACACCAGUGACACUAAGACAUUACUACUGACACCAGUGACACUACCACAUUACUACUGGCACCAGUGACACUAAGACAUUACUACUGACACCAGUGACACUAACACAUUACUACUGGCACCAGUGACACUAAGACAUUACUACUGACAUCAGUGACACUAAGACAUUACUACUGACACCAGUAACACUAAGACAUUACUACUGGCACCAGUGACACUAAGACAUUACUACUGACACCAGUAACACUAAGACAUUACUACUGACACCAGUGACACUAAGACAUUACUACUGGCACCAGUGACACUAAGACAUUACUACUGGCACCAGUGACACUAACACAUUACUACUGACACCAGUGACACUAAGACAUUACUACUGACACCAGUGACACUAAGACAUUACUACUGACACCAGUGACACUAAGACAUUACUACUGACACCAGUAACACUACCACAUUACUACUGACACCAGUGACACUAAGACAUUACUACUGGCACCAGUGACACUAAGACAUUACUACUGACACCAGUGACACUAAGACAUUACUACUGACACCAGUAACACUAAGACAUUACUACUGACACCAGUAACACUAACACAUUACUACUGACACCAGUGACACUAAGACAUUACUACUGACACCAGUAACACUAAGACAUUACUACUGACACCAGUGACACUAAGACAUUACUACUGACACCAGUGACACUACCACAUUACUACUGACACCAGUGACACUAAGACAUUACUACUGACACCAGUAACACUAAGACAUUACUACUGGCACCAGUGACACUAAGACAUUACUACUGACACCAGUGACACUACCACAUUACUACUGGCACCAGUGACACUACCACAUUACUACUGACACCAGUGACACUAAGACAUUACUACUGACACCAGUGACACUAAGACAUUACUACUGGCACCAGUGACACUACCACAUUACUACUGACACCAGUGACACUAAGACAUUACUACUGACACCAGUGACACUACCACAUUACUACUGACACCAGUGACACUAAGACAUUACUACUGACACCAGCGACACCCUCGCGUGGAUGAUUGACAGCGGUGCGGCCACGCCCACCCCCGGCCGUGCGAUUUCUCGGCGAGGAUUGUGAUGGUUGUGAUGGUUGUGAUGAUUGUGAUGAUUGUGAUGAUUGUGCAAUGCGCCUGCCCGCCCCUCCACCUCGAUUCCUCGAACCACGAAUAAACAUGACCCCGCACCCCCUCGUC